AUGUCCCAACAACCACAGCAAUCACAACAGCACCCGACCCUACAGCCGUCAGCCCUCAUCCACCCGCAGCAACUCGCGCAACCCCAACAUCCGACUUUCUCCCAGCCGCAGCAAAUCCCCAUGUCGCAAGUGCAGCAGUCUCCCAUCUCUCAACCUCGACAGUCUCCUAUAAUUCAGCCGCACCCAUCUCCCCUUCAUCAGCCACAGCAGCCGUCUCCCCGCCUGCACAUGCAGCAACAAUCCCCCCGAAUCCCGAUACACUCGCAGCAGUCUCCCCGACCUCAAUUUCAACAACAGUCACCUCUGUCCCAGUUGCAGCAGCAUCAGUCCCCUCUCCCCCAAUUUCAACAGCUGCACCCCCGCGUUCAACUGCAGCAGCAAUCCCCACGUCCUCAAGUUCUGCAACAAUCUCCUCGGUCUCAACCGAAGCCGCAGCCACCUCCACAGCCGCAGCCACAUCAGCACCAGCAGCAGCCACAUCAGCACCAGCAGCAGCAGCAACAGCAGCAUCAGCAACAUCAGCAUCAGCAACAUCAGCAUCAGCAACAUCAGCAACCAUCCCCCACCCCCAAACCUCAGGUGAUUCCACCUCAACCUCGACCACCGCCUAUGCCGCCGGCGCCUCCACCAUCACUGCCCCCAGAGGAGCCACAGCAUCAGUUCAUCAACCCAGCCGAGCUGUUCGUCCAACCACCACUUCCUACUGCCCCUCGACCCAGAUACGGCUCAUCAUCCCAGUAUGUCGACCCAAGUGAUCUCUCGACAUCGAUUGAUCUACCUCCGAUGCCAUCCAUCGCGUCGUCAACGCCUCCACCAGAGCCCCAACUGCCGACCCAGAGAGCUCCGGCGGCUAGCCCUCAGCAAAAGACGAAAGAUAUCCCAAGACAGUCAGAGAUACAUAUUCAGGCUCCACCUCCACUGAAGCCGGUUGCCAAACCGGAGCCUAUCAAACCAGUACUGGUUAAAACGGAGUCCGCAAAACCUCAGCCCGCACCUAUGAAGGAAGUAAAGCAACCUGCCGCACCACCAAUACGACCUCAGGCAUCCACUCCGCCCACUAAGCACGCCAUUCCCCAAGUCAUGAUUCCGGCGCCUUCUCAGGGCUUCCAGGCGAGCACUCCGAGGCAAACUCCAAAGAAACCACAGGCGAAGAAGCAGCUUAGCCAGCAAACUACUGACAAGGUUGCCAAAUCGAGCAAACCUCCGGUGGAUUACCAGGUCUUGUUACUGUCAUUAGCUGAUGAAUAUCUGAACGCUGCGCAUCGACACGGAACCAAAACCGCUCUGGCGACCAGCCAAGCGGAUGUUGAGGAGUACUAUAAACUAGUCUCUACGGGGCUUGGCUGCUUGGAGGCUGUUUUGAAGAAUUGGCGGCUCCAACCUCGCAAGGAAGCUCUUGUGCGACUCCGUUAUGCGCGGACACUAUUUGAGGAGACGGACAAUGACCUUGAGGCUGAGACAGCUUUGAGCAAGGGCAUUGAUCUUUGUGAACGAAAUCGCAUGCUGGACUUGAAGUACAGUAUGCAGCAUCUCUUGGCACGCAUGCUCCACAAAACCAAUCCUAAAGCUUCCUUGAAGGCUGUCGAUGGUAUGAUCCAUGAUGUGGAAGCAUAUCGUCAUGCGGCUUGGGAGUAUACCUUCCGCUUUCUUCGCGUGACCUUGUCACUGUCUUCUUCAUCACACCAGGACUCUGUACAAGCCCUGCAACACUUGAGCAAAAUCUCCGCCAUGGCUAAUCGGAACGGGGACAAGGCUGUGUCAGCAAUGGCAGCAGUUGUCGAAGCAUUGGCGCACUUGCAGCAAGGUGCAGGGUCCGAUACCAUCGAGCAAGCACAGCGUGCUGUAGCUGUUGCGCGAAGCCAUCAGCUGAACGACGAGCUUCGGCAUAUCCCACAACUCGUCACCCUCAUCCAAAUGGUCGAUAUCUGUUGUAGUCUGCUGGAGUACGACGUCAACCAGUCUUCUCAAAAGUUGAAGGUUAUGCAAGCUUUGGUGGACGAAACGCUGAACGAUCCUAAUUGGCGCGCCGAUGGAUCAUUUUCUGUCCCUCUGAAUGGGAAGUCUGCCGGGCCGUCCUCCAUCGACACGGGUGAUAUCCUUCAGGUUCAGAACGGCACAUUGUUUCUCAGCUUCACUUGGCUUCCACAGCAUGAUCUCUAUGCGCUUUCCUACUUCUUGAGCUCGAUCACCCUGAGUGCCAAGAACUCUUAUGAUGGUCGAAAAGCGGAGCAAUAUCUGGACGAAGGCCUUCGAAUGAUCCAAGGGGACUUCAAAGCCCCGCAAGAGAUCCCCGAGUCAAUGGUGAAUGCCACUCGGCGUGUCGAAUGGCGGCGGUCUCUUUACUGCAACUUCCUUCUGCAGCGUGUCUUCCUAGCCUGUGCUCGCACUGAGUGGGAUCUGGCUACCCAAUCACUAGAAGAGCUCCGGCAGUUCACGCAGGAGAGUGGGCCUAACCUGCCAAGAUCCAUUGAAUGCUUGAUUCAAUACGCCGCCGGCACUAUUGCACAAGCCACCGGCGACCUGGCGGGUGCAUUGAGCAUCUUCCAAUCGCCUCUACUAUUGCUCUCGCCAUCAGCCAGCAAAACCGCACGUAACGACCCAUGCCGGGACACGUGCAUCCUCGCCGCACUCAACACCAUUCUCAUUAUUCGCGAUCCAUCUCACCCGUCACAUUUCCAUCUUCCCACUAUCCAAGCGACCCUUGAAACAUUCUGUCAAAACGGUCCAAACAAAUACAUCCAAGCAGCAUACUACCUUGUCUCUGCCACCGUGCAGACCGAAUCUACCAUUCAGACCAAGACAUUCCUCCAACAUGCUCUGCAGUCCGCUACGGCCAUCAGCAACACCCAGAUAACCUGCAUGACCCUAACCUUCAUGAGCUGGAAGUACUUUCGCGGUGUGGUCGGCGAACAGGCGGAGAAGAGUGCCCGGGCGGGACGCGCGAUGGCGAAGAGAGCCAAUGACCGCCUUUGGGUCAGCGUCACUGACGAGAUGCUGGCUGAGACCUUGGAGCGCCAGGGCAAAGGUGACGAAGCUCGCGGUGUACGGGAAGAAGGUCAGCGGCUUAUCACCGGUCUGCCGCCUGGCUUGAAACGUCCCGCCUGA